AUGUCUUCGGAGAAAGAUGAAAACGAGCUAGAAGCCGCCGGCUACGAGUCUCAGAUGCCCCGACGCUUCUCGCUCUGGUCCCUCGGCGCCCUGUCAUUUACGAUGACCGGCACCUGGCAAGGGACAGGCUCAUCGAUGGGCAUUGGGCUUAGGGCUGCAUCUUCCGGCGGAGUGAUGUGGUCUCUACUCGUCGCAGGCACAAUGACAACCGUCGUGGCUGCCGGAAUGGCCGAACUGGCUUCCGCAUAUCCUGUUUCUGGUGCCCAGUAUUACUGGUCCUACAUGGUUGCGAGCGACGACUACCGAGCAUUUGCGGCUUUUCUUACCGCUAUGUUGAGCGUUAUUGGUUGGUGGUUCUCAGCAGGCGCUGUAGCCAACUUUGUUGCUGGGACUAUUUUGAAUAUUGUGGUGGCCUGGAACACGGACUAUCAACCGCAGGCCUGGCAAAAGUAUUUGCUGUUUGUGACGUUCGUGUGGCUCGCCGCGUCCGUUAACAUCUUCGCGGCCAACUGGAUCCCCUAUUUCAACAAGAUGAUGUUCGUGUUUGCGCUCAUAACAAUGACCUCGACAAUGAUCACCAUGUUCGUUGUUGCUCAGGGGCAUCAUCAGUCAGCCGAAUUCAUCUUCACCAACAUGGAAACACACACUGGCUGGUCAAGCGACGGUUUUGGCUUUUUGCUUGCCAUGGGCAAUGCAGUGUAUGCUUUUAUGGGCGGCGACUGUGCUGCAAAGCUGGCAGAGGAGAUCCCUAACCCUUCCAAGAAUGUUCCGCUGGUGACCAUCUUUCCAGUUGUCACGGGGUUUCUCACGGCAUUCCCUUUUGCGGGUGCUCUGCUAUACGCUAUAAGGGAUAUUGAUUUGGUUCUGAAUACUGCUACAGGCCUGCCCCUGUUUGAAAUUUACCUACAGGCAACUCAGUCUAAAUUAGCAGCUUCGGUGCUCUUGGGCGUUUUUUCAAUGUUCCAGUUCAGCACCUUGAUUGCCUCUAGUGAGUUUAUGACAUUGGAUGGCAACUUACACAAUCUUCUAACUGUCCUGUCCGCUCUAGCUACCACGGGAUCACGCACAGUCUGGGCAGUUUCGCGCGACAACGUCCUUCCAUUCUCGCAUCUCUGGCAAAAGGUCAGCCCCUAUUUCGAUGUCCCAGUUAAUUCCAUGCUUUUAUCGGCAUCAUUCAUAACGGCGUACGGCCUCAUCUUCCUCGGGUCGACAACAGCCUUUUCUGCAAUGGUCAACGCGACCAUCAUCUUUAUCCAGACCUCAAUUGUCCUUCCGCAAGCCAUCGUCCUUUUCCGCGGUCGGGAUCGGAUACUACCACCACGCUGGUUCAACCUGGGGAGAUACGGCGUCCUCAUUAACGCCCUAUCUGUGCUGUGGGUUUUCGGGCUCAACAUCCUCUUCUGCUUCCCGACUACCUUGCCCAUCACGGCGAUGAACAUGAACUACGUCCCAAUCGUCAUCUCCGUGGCAACAGCUUCCAUUUUCGUGUUUUGGUUCAUGGGCAAGAAGAACUCCUUCACCGGCCCGGUAAUUGACAUGAAGGCUCUUGAUGCCAGGAGGAGGGAAGCCAUGGACACCGAGUCCACCCUCAACAAUGCAGGUCAUGAGUCUGACGGGACCAUUGUCGAGAGAGACCUGGGCAUGGAGAAGCACGACGGAGUCAAGAUCAAGGAACUUGCCAACUAG